AAUGCACUCGGAGAGUCCCUCUUCCCCUAACCCAAUUGCUAAAAAAACUCCCCGUUUCCAGACACGCCGGAGUCGGGGAGACCCACGUCGGGAGCAGAAGAAACCCUGGCCCAUGAUGCCUCUGGUGAUGCCGUCCUCCUCGAUCUGGAAGUAGGGUCGAUGAGCAUGGACGACUUUUUCCUCAGCUUCCAUGGCAGGCCUCCGCCGGUCCCCUCGUUAUCCAGAGGAGAUCCCCCGCGCUUGCCUUUAACAAAGGAGAAAAAUGCGAACGAAGAGUGGAAGGAGGUCCCCAGCGGGGGUGGAUUGGGGUACGAGGGCGCUGCUGCGUGCGGAGAAGUCACUCUGGAGGACUUCCUGGCGAGGAACGGAGCGAUGACGGCGGCGGACGUUGUCGCACCAUUGGAGGAGCAGGAGAAAGCUGGGGUUUCGGUCGAUCCGGCGAUCAGCGACCGGCUUCGUCGGCAGGAGCAACAUGCUCUGUUAGACACCGCGGUGCUAGGGUUUAGGAAUGGGGUGGUAGGUGGUGGAAGAAGGCGAGCGAGGAAGAGGUCUGCACUGGAUAAUCUUGCGGACAAGGCUGAUAUCCGGAGGCAGAAGAGGAUGAUCAAAAACAGGGAGUCGGCUGCCAGAUCGAGGGAGAGGAAACAGGCUUAUACCGUGGAGCUCGAGUCUCUGGUGUCACGGUUGGAAGAGGAAAACGCUAUCCUUUUAAGCGAACAAGAAGAGCAAUACGAGAUGAGGAUUCACCAGCUUAUGGAGAAUAUUAUCCCUAUUACUGAGAAGAGAAAGCCACCACACAUACUCCGGAAAAUUCACUCAAUGUUGUGGUAGGGAUCAACCAAGCAAGGACAAAAUCACUCGCAAUGAAGUGUGGACUCCGGUCUCAUGGCUUAGCACGAACUAGAGAUGAGAUGCUGCUUACUUAUUUACGGUCUCAUGGCUUAGCGCGAACUAGAGAUGAGGUGUUGCCUAAUUAUUUACUAGCCUUUUGUUGUUGUAGAUAAUUGUGUGUUAUGUAUCUUCCUUGCUACUAUUGCCCAUGUUAUCAUUGCUUAAAUUAUGAGUGAGAAUGAAUCCCUGGAUCGUUUGUAGGUUGAA